UGCCGGAGAAUCCAUUUGCUGUUAUUAGCUAAGCCGCUGAAAGUUGUGUAACAAGGAAAAUACAAAGGACACCGCUCCCUAGAGGACUGGUCUAUUUGACUUGUAGAGAGGGUCUCUCCUCACCUGUUAACCCUCCAACUCCUGAUUUUGGAUUAUAAUCCGGCAAUAAAAAUGUUUUCGCUGUCAACCUCGUUUCAGCCUCAGCAGAUGAUUGUGCCCCUCAGCCAGCUCAUCAAUGCCCUCCACUCUCUGAAGAGCUCAGCCACAGCUUCAGUCCAGACGCUGCACAAAGACUUCAUCCCAGAGCACACUUCAUAUCUGAAAGAGCCGAGUGUGAAUCUGAAGGAUCUUGGCCUAUCAGAGAUCAGAGCGAGUCAGCUGGAUGAGCUGGUCAGCAGGUUACUGCCUCUACCAGCACCAGAGGAACCUCCCGCUGUUCCUUCGAUAUGGAGGUCAAGUCACGUUUCUUCAGACAGCUUCUUUCACAACAAGCAUGGGUUUUCGCAGAAAAGGUUGGGAGUUUUUGGCUCCCCAAUAUUCCACAGACAAUACCACAGUCCUCUAAAAGAAGCCUGCGCAGAGCUACACUUCUUGCCUUUAUGGGUCCAGAGUCGAGGUUUCAAGACACUUCGAUCAAAGACCAGACGAGUGGAGUCUGGUUAUGAUGGUCCGGUGGAGUCUGAAGCCUACACACCAGCCUUCAUGAAGGGUUUGCUUCAGAGGGAAAAGGGACCAGAAACACAAUCACUGGACCAACUGUUGAAACAAAAAAACCUUCCACAAAACCAGCAAGAAGCUUUCAAGACGGGUUUCACCGAGGGGUUCAUGAGGUCUCAGGCCUUCACUCAGAGAACGCAAGACUCGCUGAGGAGAACCAGGUUGAUCCUGUUGGUGCUCCUUCUUCUUGGCAUUUAUGGGUUGUCGAGAACCCCGUUUCUCUCGGGUAAAGGCUCCUUUUCUGAUGCUGUGAGGUUCCGCACCACAUCUGGUCUCGACUCCGCAGUCGACCCCAUCCAGAUGAAGAAUGUGACAUUUGAGCACGUCAAAGGAGUGGAGGAGGCGAAGAACGAAUUGCAAGAUGUUGUCGAGUUUCUCAAGAACCCCCAGAAGUUUACUGUUCUGGGCGGAAAACUGCCUAAAGGAAUCCUCCUUGUUGGUCCACCAGGCACAGGAAAGACUCUGUUAGCUCGGGCGAUAGCUGGGGAGGCUGAUGUGCCUUUCUACUACGCCUCCGGAUCCGAGUUUGAUGAGAUGUUUGUGGGCGUUGGUGCGAGCCGAAUCAGGAACCUUUUCAAAGAGGCAAAAGCUAAUGCUCCAUGUGUCAUCUUCAUCGAUGAGCUGGACAGCGUUGGCGGAAAGAGGAUCGAGUCUCCGAUGCAUCCCUAUUCCAGACAAACCAUCAACCAGCUGCUGGCAGAAAUGGACGGGUUUAAACCAAAUGAAGGCGUCAUCGUUGUUGGUGCUACAAACUUUGCAGAAGCUUUGGAUAACGCUCUGGUGAGGCCAGGAAGGUUUGACAUGCAGGUGACGGUCCCUCGCCCUGAUGUGAAAGGACGCACUGAAAUCCUCAACUGGUAUCUCACCAAGAUCAAAGUGGACCCUGCUGUGGAAGCAGAGAUUAUCGCCCGAGGCACAGUGGGCUUCUCCGGGGCCGAGCUGGAGAACCUGGUGAACCAGGCCGCCCUGAAGGCAGCCGUGGACGGGAAAGAGAUGGUCACAAUGUCGGAUCUGGAGUUCGCUAAGGACAAAAUCCUCAUGGGCCCUGAGAGGAGGAGUGUUGAAAUCGACAAGCAGAAUAAGACCAUAACUGCCUACCACGAGUCCGGCCAUGCCAUUGUUGCCUAUUACACCAAAGAUGCAAUGCCCAUCAAUAAGGCCACCAUCAUGCCCAGAGGACCAACUCUUGGCCACGUGUCCAUGCUCCCAGAGAAUGACCGCUGGAGUGAGACGAGAGCUCAGCUGCUGGCUCAGAUGGACGUCAGUAUGGGCGGUCGAGUAGCAGAGGAGCUCAUCUUUGGAGAUGACCACAUCACUACUGGAGCCUCCAGCGACUUUGACGGAGCAACCAGAAUAGCAAAAAUGAUGGUGACCAGGUUCGGCAUGAGCGACAAGCUCGGUGUCAUGACCUACGGUGACGUGACCAAGCAGAGCCCCGAGACACAAGCUGCUAUUGAACAGGAAGUCAGGGCUUUACUGAAGGACUCGUACGAACGAGCUAAAAACAUCCUGAAGACGUACAGUAAGGAGCACAAGAAGCUCGCAGACGCUCUGCUGACACAUGAAACUCUGGACGCCAAAGAGAUCCAGAUGGUGCUCGAGGGCAAAUAACUGGACCAGCAGAUACCUCAGUAGAUAUUUUAGACUCUUGUAUCAUGUAUAUAUAAAGCUGUGUGAUUGUGCACAGGCCUUUUGGAAGCCUUGUAUUUUAUUUGUCAUUAAUGUGAAGAUGACACUGAACCCAUUUUUAUUUUCAGUUGUCUUGCAUCUCCUGCAGAGAAGACUUUUGGUUUCACGGUGAUUUUUUAAAGCACUCAGUUUAAUUAAAUGAAAAUAAAACUUGAUGUCCGAGGUUUUACGAGGGGUUUGUUUUCCUCUUCUCUCGAGACAAAUGAAUUCUGUUGUAGAUUCAUUCAUUAGUCACAUUUGGUAUCAUACCAAGGUUCUCAGGCAAAUUAAUUUGACUAAAAUCAUUGUUAAAGUAAGACUGAUGAUUUCAAAUAUGUUAAUGUCUCAUUUUAAAUUUGUACAGACCGGUGAACACCGUAGGACCUUAAAGUACCUCAAUCUAGAAUGUACCAUUUGGCUGUAGCAAGGUACAGGUGAUACUGCUGUUCAUGUUAGAGAUUUUCCUCUAAAUGAUGUCUGCCAGUUGCAACUAUUGUGUUUAUUCUUAUUUAUUUAAGUGCCCAAAGGUGUUCUCUUCUUGAAUUAGUGAUAGGCCCUCAUGCCUCCUAUUCUAAGCUCACAUGUAGCUGAUAAAUGAGGGGAAAUGUACAUAAUCUGUAAGCGUGUAGAAGGAUUGGUUUUGUGCUUCUGUUUGUUCCUUUAGACGAAAGGCCUUCUUGGAGCUCAAAUAAAGGUUAUCCUAAAUCUUGAA